CAACGCACUACACACAUACUAGUGGGAAGUUUCACACACAUAAACCCUUUCUUUACCCUUGCUAUUGCUAGAGGAGCAGGGGAACAGUUGCUUGGUGAAUCUAUUUAUCAAUAACAAUGGCGAUGGCAUCAAGAUUAUGGGCAUCCAAAGCUGCUUCAUACCUCAAGAUCGCUACUUUCAACAGAGGUUUUGCUUCUGUUGUGAAGGAUCUAAAGUAUGCAGAUUCACAUGAAUGGGCAAAAAUUGAAGGCAAGUGUGUGACAAUAGGGAUUACAGAUCAUGCUCAGGAUCACUUGGGGGAUGUGGUGUAUGUUGAGUUACCAGAAGUAGGGACAGAUGUAACACAAGGUAGUGGUUUUGGUGCAGUUGAAAGUGUUAAGGCUACUAGUGAUAUUAACUCUCCUGUUUCUGGCAAAGUCGUUGAAAUCAAUGAACAACUCACCAGCUCACCUGGCUUGGUAAACGGGAGCCCAUAUGAGAAUGGAUGGAUUAUAAAAGUUGAGAUGAGCAACACUGAUGAGGUUAAAUCUCUAAUGGACUGCGAUCAGUAUUCAAAGUUUUGUGAAGAAGAAGAUAACCACUAAGCUAACAGUGAUGUGCUCCAAAAUGACAAAAUAAUUCCCAUGGUGGCUCGAGUUGACAAUUGUUGAUUGGAGUUUUCUGUAAUUUCAGUCAGGUGUUCGCUUCAUUUGUGAAAAUGUUUUGGAUUCUUUUUAAAUGAUGUCUCUUUUGAAAGAA